UCAGAACACGAUUGUAGCAAGCUUUCAACUCUUGUCUCUGUAUCCACAAUGUCUGGACGUGGCAAGCAAGGCGGCAAGGCUCGCGCCAAGGCCAAGACCCGCUCUUCCCGGGCCGGCCUGCAGUUCCCCGUGGGCCGCGUGCACCGCCUUCUCCGCAAGGGCAACUACUCGGAGCGGGUGGGCGCCGGCGCUCCGGUGUACCUGGCUGCCGUGCUGGAGUACCUGACGGCCGAGAUCCUGGAGCUGGCUGGCAACGCGGCCCGCGACAACAAGAAGACGCGCAUCAUCCCGCGCCACCUGCAGCUGGCCAUCCGCAACGACGAGGAGCUCAACAAGCUGCUGGGCCGCGUGACGAUCGCUCAGGGUGGCGUCCUGCCCAACAUCCAGGCCGUGCUGCUGCCCAAGAAGACCGAGAGCCACCACAAAGCCAAGGGAAAGUAAGACCACUGCUUUUCACACUGGUCUUCACUAUAAAAUACACAAAGGCUCUUUUCAGAGCCACCCACUUGUUUCUAUAAGAGUGCUGAAAUGACUGCGGUGAUGUGAUGCCCAGGGUAUUGAGAACUACCUAGGUAAAUACAAAGAUUGUAAUAAUAAUUCAGCAAGAUAGUGUUUGGGGAUGUGGGUGUGCUCUUGGUCUGACAGAAUAGUCAUUAAAAUAAGGUAUAAAUGAUAAAA